UUUUCCUUUUUUUAUUCCUCCUCGCCCUUUCCACCUCAUUGGUACACAUUCCCCCUUCAAACAGGACCGCUAACCACCCCCUUUAGAAACCCUCUUCUCCCCUUCCAACUACCACCCCUCCCCCGACGACCCGUUCCCUUCAAUCCACUCCUCCCCUUCCUCUUCCCGCCCCACCACGGCCGCCAUCAUCGGCGGUACCGUCGGCGGCGCCGCGGGGUUGGGUCUGGCGGCCUGGGCGAUGAUGUAUCUUCGGCGACGCCGGCGGCUCCUCCGUCGCGAACAGCAGCAGAUGGAGGACACGACGCACGCGAACGGCGGCGACACUCCCGCGUGCGACGACGGGCUCGAGGAGGGGGUGGUGAUGGGCGCCGCCGCCGCUGCCACCACCGGGAGGAAGAUGUCGCGCACCACCAGAGAAGGACGGGCAAAUAGCGGCGUGGACGGGGACGGGGACGGUAGUGGUGGUAAAAAAAGCGGCGGCGGCGGCGGCGGCGGCGGUGUUGCUACUGAUGGCGACGAUUAUUAUGAUCAUGUUGUUGUUGAUGAUGACGGUAACGACGGCGACAAGUAUGACGACGGCGGCGGGCUCUACCGCGGCGUGAUCCCGACACGCGCAGCCAUAGCCAUCGCCGCCGCGAACCGGAGGCCGCUGCUGCUGCCACCGCUGCCACCGCAGCCGCCGCCGCCGCCGCUGACCACACCGGGGCCGGCCGAGUUGGCUUCGAGACCCGUGUGCGAGCUGGAGGCGGCCGGGAUCGAGCCGCCGCCGUACGAGCUCGCGGGCGACUUGGCGGCGCCCGAGUCCCGGGAUAAUAGAUCCCGGAGGGGUGCAGCCGGGGAGAGGGUUGGGGAGGAGGGGAGGCGGGAGGAGUAGAUCGCGGCCGGAUGUGUCGUUCGUCUGCUUCUGCAUCUCCGUCAGUUCCGCGGAUGUCGAACGGCGAUUGGAAUGAGGAGGUGAAGAAAGAAGGCGAGGGACGCUGCUGCGCGAUGUGGACUUGGCGAGUAGGUUGGUCCGGUCAGAAGGCCUGUUGAUUGUUAUUAUUCCCCCCCCCCCCCUUUUUUUU